AUGGACGAAGGUGACUCUACCCAUCCCACAGAGACCCCAGAGGGCUCUGCAGGAGACGACACGCUCCAGUCGAACAAUGCGAAGAAUGCUGCGAUGAAGGACAGAAAAUGCCAAUACUGCCACCAGGCUUUCACAUCGUCUUCCUUGGGUCGUCAUCUGGACCAGUUCCUUUUCAAAAAGAAACCCGACGGUAUCCACGAUGUGGAGGAGAUCCGGCGCAUUCGCAGCGGGAUCACUCGACGACAGGCACGCACAUCGUCGGGCAAACGGGAUAGCCCGGACGGGGCGAGGGUGAGAGGACAGGCGGAUGGGGAUGGCGCCUCGAGCGUGGGCGGUAAUAAAACACGAGAAAGCGGGUUUCGCAUGAUGUUCAACACGCCUACCUGGCAUGCUACGGGGGUGAUCAAUGAUAUCCCCAACCCCAGUCGCCCUCAAGACCGAACGAGUUCGACCUACCUGUCGUCAAAUUCGCAGUCCAGAAUGGGCACCCUGGGGCUCCCCGACUAUUCGAGCAGAGGUGCAAGCGCCAAUGUUGCAGACACUGCGCGAGCGCUGGAACUGGCCUUGCGGGAGGUUUUGGAUAACAUUAGGGCCGCAACUUCUACGAAGUCGCGUCCUCGCUUAUCACCUUUCGACUUCGAUCUGCAAUCGCAGACCUUCCCUUCUCUCUGCCUGUUGCUUCUUCCUCCCCCUCCUAGUCUUUUCUCCGCCCAUCCGUUCCCAUCGGCCGGGUCGUUCCCUCUUCAACCCCCGGGAGCUGAACAUCUGGAGAUCGUUCGCCAGGCACUCCAUUCCAAGAUCGAAAAAUGGGAAUCGGACCAAACGAUAUCUGGCUCGGGGGAUUUUGCAAAAUCUAGCGCGAUCGUUGAUUUAAGCAUGAUUCAGAAAAGUGCUCAGCAGCACGAGGAGAUGUGCUCCCGGCAUGUUGAGUUGGCGUUCAAGCAUUGGAUUUCUCUACCCCCGGAGACCAGAAGAGAAGUGUGGCAACUGGAAAUCACAAGAGCAUUUGCCCGGGAGGCCGAGAAACGCGAGAAUCUAGAUAGCCAGCUCGCCCGGGUUCAACAGGAAGCUAACCAGCUCCGUGAGCAGGUUGAGAGGCUCGGCUCCUGUCAGUGGCCGAGAGAGUUUGCCUUGUUCCCACCGGACACCCUGCCCAUUCCGCGGGAUGUCGCGCGCGAACUGGACUCGCGUGAGAGUGCCCUCAACCCGGACUCCCGUCGCUGGGACUACGACAAUAUCCUGGCAAAGUGGAAGCGGGUCGUUAUGCACGAUCGAGGUAUGGGCCGCGUGGGUGUCGGUCAACCCCAAACCCUGCCGAACGAGUAUAGCAGCGCCGAUACCAAGUCACACGUGGAGGACACGGGCAACGUCUCCCGAACGCCAAACCCUCCCGCUGCCCCGAGUCCCGACCAGAAUUCGCCAACUAUAACCCAUCGCACCGUCUCCCCCCCCAUCUUGACGAGCCGGACAUCCCCACCCUCCAUGUACCCGGAUGCCAACCGCAGUCCGAAACUCAGUCACCAGGCAAAGCGUCAACGUCUAAUCAACGGGUACCAUGGCGCCGCUUCUCAGCCUGAGGGGGACGCCGCAUCGUCCGCGGGGCGCAACAACGUGCCCGGCACUUCUAGUACAUGGAACUCUCACUAG